CCUUGAAUUCCAGUGGAAGAAAGAGGAUCCUCAUUAGUGUAAAACCUUUAAUGAGUCUGUGCUCCUAAGGGUGCUGAGCAAAUCCAAAUCGUUGAACAGAAAUGAUUUUAAACUCCCAUUCAGAGCUGAGAAUAUCUCACUUGUUGGUUGAUGUUUCCCUGUGUUCCCACAAAUGCUCUUCACUUCGGGAUUUUAGGAGAUUUUUAGCUCGAAGAUGGAUCAGGUGAGGCUUUUGUGGCUCAGGAGCCAGGGAAUUCCAGCACAGAGCAGCCAGGACAGCCCAUAAAAACAAAACAGAUUAAAAGGGACAGGAGGUAAAGCUGAAGGUGAGAUCCUGCCCUUUGCUGGUGUCUUUGGGAUGGAAUUUUAGGUGAGCUAAAGCUGAUUAUUUGUUUAUUUGCUGUAAUUGAUAUCCUGGUGCACUGAGGAAAAUUCAGAUUAAACCCCACUGUUCUGCUGGCUAUGAAAGGAAGAAAAUCCCUCUUUGCAACAGCAUUAAGGAGUGUCUGUAGUAGGCAGAAAAUAACACAAAGCUGCCAAGUUUAUAUUUUUUUCCUAAUUGUUGUUAAUGAGCUUUUAGCUUGCAAGAUGAUAAUGAGGAGCACGUGAGCUGUUACACCUCCAGUUGGUGACAAAUCAGCUGAAAUCCCUCAGAAAACGGCAAAUUGUUGGGACAUACCUUGAGAUUUUUUUCAAAGAACACUCACUAGUUUGACUCAUCUUUAGUGGAUUGCAGUGCUCCAAGUGAUUCCUUCUCCCUCUUUUCCCUUCUCUGGAAAAGAUCUAAGUAGGGCUUUGAAGCUGCCUGGCAGUGAGGAGUUCCCAGGAAUUCAAUUCUCCAGGAUCUGGGGGAGGAUGGAGCUGCUGGGGGCCCGGGCUGUGGCGUGGAGGAGGAGAGGAUGUGUGCCCUGCACUCCGUGGGAGCAGCGACCCCUCCUGUGAGACAUGGAUCGAUGCAAACAUGUGGGGCGGCUACGACUCGCCCAGGACCACUCGAUCCUGAACCCGCAGAAGUGGCAGUGCGUGGACUGCCACACCACCGAGUCGCUCUGGGCCUGCCUCAAGUGCUCGCACGUGGCCUGCGGCCGCUACAUCGAGGAGCACGCCCUGAGACACUUCCAGGAGAGCCGGCACCCCCUGGCCAUGGAGGUGCACGAGCUCUACGUCUUCUGUUACCUGUGCCAGGAUUAUGUCCUCAAUGACAACGCCGAGGGUGACCUGAAGCUGCUGAGGAGCUCGCUGUCGGCCAUCAAGGGGCAGAGGAGCGGGAGGACGCUGCGCUCCAUGGCGCUGCCCGAGGAUGCCUGGAGGAGGAGGAGCCCUCAGGGCCAGUCCCAGAUGCUCACGGCGCUGUGGCACCGGCGCCAGGCCCUGCUGGCGAGGGCUCUGCGCACCUGGUUCCACAGGAGCUCCCGGGGACAGCUGAAGUUGAAGGAGAAAAAGGAAAUGGAGGAGCUGGAGAAGAAGAAGGAGGCGGCUCGGCAGAGGCGGCGGGAGAUGAAGAGGCAGCUCCUGGAGGAGUUGGCCAACACUCCCCCGAGGAAAAGCGCCAGGCUGCUGUCCCACGUGCACAGGGAGAGCUUGAUCCCAAGGAAAUUCAGGGACGUGGCCACGGCUUCCCCUACCUCAAGGCAGGUGCAGAGCAGCAGAUUCAAGCAGUUCUACUCCAUCCGGCGCCAGCCCCUGGUGACGCCCGGGGUGACGGGGCUGAGGAACCUGGGCAACACCUGCUACAUGAACUCCAUCCUGCAGGUGCUCAGCCACCUCCAGAAGUUCCGAGAAUGUUUCUUGACUCUUGAUCUCUGUGAAACAGAAGAACUUUUAGCUAAAACUGUGAAUGGCAGGGCCAGGAUGCCUGGCAAACUGGCAAACGGGGCUGCUGCUAACGAGCCAGGCAAGCCUGACAGGGUGGGAUCGUCUCCAGCCGGCCUGAACGGGGGCUCCUCCAUCAGCAGGAGUUUGGAGCUGAUCCAGCCCAAGGAGCCCAGCUCAAAGCACAUCUCCCUGUGCCACGAGCUGCACACCCUGUUCAGGGUGAUGUGGUCUGGCAAGUGGGCCCUGGUGUCCCCCGUUGCCAUGCUGCACUCUGUGUGGAGCCUGAUCCCUGCCUUCCGUGGCUACGACCAGCAGGACGCUCAGGAAUUCCUCUGCGAGCUCCUGGACAAGGUGCAGCAGGAGCUGGAGUCCGAGGGCACCAAGCGCAGGAUCCUCAUCCCCUUCUCGCAGAGGAAGCUCACCAAGCAGGUCCUCAAGGUGGUCAACACCAUCUUCCACGGGCAGCUGCUCAGUCAGGUCACCUGCAGCACGUGCAACCACAAAUCCGACACCGUGGAGCCUUUUUGGGAUCUGUCUCUGGAAUUCCCGCAGCGCUACCACGGCCUGGAGGAGCGGCUGCUGCCGCUGGGCCAGGCUCAGUGCCUGCUCACCGAAAUGCUCGCCAAGUUCACCGAGACCGAGGCGCUGGAGGGGAGGAUCUACGCCUGUGAUCGCUGUAACAGUAAAAGGCGAAAAUCUUCUCCCAAACCUCUUGUUCUGAGUGAAGCUAAAAAGCAGUUGCUGAUCUACAGACUACCUCAGGUCCUCCGACUGCACCUUAAACGUUUCAGGUGGUCUGAGCGCAACCACCGCGAGAAGAUCGGGGUGCACGUGCUCUUCGAGCAGGAGCUGAACAUGGAGCCGUUCUGCUGCAGGGACUGCCUGCCCCCGCUGGCCACCGACUGCUUCGUGUACGACCUGGCGGCCGUGGUGAUGCACCACGGCAAAGGCUUUGGCUCAGGGCACUACACGGCCUAUUGCUACAACACGGAGGGAGGUUUUUGGGUGCACUGCAAUGACUCCAAACUGAAUGUAUGUAGCGUGGAGGAGGUGUGCAAGACCCAGGCCUACAUCCUCUUCUACACUCAGAGAACGCUGCAGGACAAAGCAGGAAUCCCAGAAAAACAACUCCAAGCUCAGGUUUUUGCCACCCAAAACCAGUGACAAGGACACAAGACUGACAUUCCCAUCAGGGGAAAACACUCCCAGCUGCUUCUGGGAAAUUUUGGUGUUCAUCUUCCCCUUCUUUGUGGGGAAAACUGCAGGAAUGGGAUUGGAACAGGAGUGGG